AGCGACUCCGGUCCAUCACAUCAGAGUGGGAGAAAGAGCGCGAUGCUCGUGGUCAAAGCAUGAAGCCAACAUCUUCCACUCGAAGGGCAGUGCUUCAGGAUUCAGAGGGCCCUUUGGAGGAACAUGAUGAUAGGGAUGUUCCAUCACUUUUUGAUCCGACGGCACUGACACAGGAUGACGAUGAUACAAUCCCCCCCACACAAGCAGAUGACGAGACACUUCCGCCGACGCAGGACAUGGAGACUGCAGAGAGUGAUAUGCCACUCUUGGAUGAAGGGCCAGGCUCCGACCCCACUCUGAUGACAGGAACAGAGGCGGGCAAUAUGGCACCAUUGGACGAGAUGACAUCGCACGACGCUGGUUCGUCAAAGAAAAAGCAGGGGAGAGGGGCGGCACGAAUGCCGCGUGGAUGGGGAAAAGAUCACAGGAUGCUUGUAUUCACAUCGCCGGAUGAUAAAAGCAUCGUCGGACCCGACGUAAACGAGUACAAGACAGCCAUUGGGGUCAUUGCACGCAACGGAGCUCGACUUCCUCUACAUUACCCCACGUUCGCUGAGAUACCGGAGACGAAGAGACAGGGUGCAUGGAUGGAGGUUCAGAGUAACAGCGGAUUACCAGACUCAGCGGAGAAAGUGGUCUUGGCUGACCUAAGGGAAGUUUGGAGGCACUGGAAAUACAGCAUCAAAUCAACUUACUUCAAUCCGAUCGAGGACGAUGAAGAAGCACUGAAGAAGGUUCCCUCAAGCAGGAUUGUGCCCGAUCAGUGGCCGAAGUUGGUUGAGUAUUGGCGCGACGAGAAGGUGAAGCUUCAAUCCAAGAAAAAUGCGUCGAACGUAGCGAAAAGAAGCUUUCCACAUCGUACUGGGCGGAAGUCAUUCACGACUCUGGCAGAGGAGAUCAAGGCAAAGGGGAAGGACCCCGACAAUCUGGAGAUUUGGAUUUCCAGUCGCACACAAGGCAAGGGAAAGGAUGACCAAGAAACCGAGGAGAUAUUGAAUGAGCUAAACAAGGUUCCCCCUGAAGGGCGGACUCCCUCUGUUCGGGAGACUCUGUACCGACGGGCCCUUGGGGGAAAGAUUAAGAAGCGGUCAAAGGUCGACAGUGCGGCAAGUUCAGCUCAUCCCCGCAGCGAGUCAACUGGUUUAACAGACAGUGUAGCAUUCCAGCAUGGGUGGGAACAACUACAGAAUGGAAUGGACGAGCUGAAGGCAAUGAUGGAUGAGUUCAAAACCAUCAAGGCUGAUGUGUAUGCAUUUAUGCACAGAAACUCCGGAGCGGUUACUGGCCAGGCAGGCACAUCUCGUAUUGAUUCAGUCCCUGAGAUUCCCAGCCCUGUGUCCGAGCCAAGCAUGACGGUAUGA